AUGGCUUCGAAGUACAUCCAACCCGCAGAGGUACAGGAGCUACCCAUUCCGAAGCAAUAUUCAGACCUGGGAUUCACACAGAUUCGCGUCACCAACGUGCCCGAGUCGUCGAAAGAGGUCACUCCAGUCCAACUAUUGACCCUCUACCGACCGAACAAGGUCAAUGCCUUUACACCAACCAUGAUGGCGGAGCUCGAGACCGCAUAUACUCUCUUCGACAUUGACGAUCGUGUGAAGUGCAUUGUCCAGACAGGUUCAGGCAAGAUGUUCUGCGCAGGUGCAGACCUCGAGACCGGCUUCGUAGGCGGAGAAGAGUCAAACCGAGACCACCGUGAUGGUGGUGGCAGAGUCACCAUGGCAAUCAAUCGAUGCCGAAAGCCAACUAUUGCCGCACUAAACGGAAGCGCUGUAGGUGUGGGCAUUACCAUGACACUGCCCAUGAACAUUCGUAUCGCAUAUCAGGAUGCCAAAAUUGGAUUUGUGUUUGCACGGAGAGGACUGGUCAUGGAAGCAGCUUCAUCUUUCUUCUUGCCUCGUUUGAUCGGCUACUCCAAAGCACUUCACCUUUGCACUACUGGGGCUACGUACCCUGCAAAGCACAGUCUGUACAGCGAUCUCUUCACCGAACUACUCCCCACACCUGACGCUGUGCUCCCACGUGCACUCGAGCUCGCCGAUGAGAUUGUCAAGAAUUGCAGUGGUAUUUCCAUCCAUCUCUGCAAGGAGAUGAUGUACAGAAACCCAAAUACCCCCGAGGGAGCACAUUUACUGGACAGCAAGUUGGUGUACGAGAUGUUCAGCAGCAAGGACAAUAAGGAGGGAGUACAGGCRUUCUUGCAAAAGAGACAGGUCAACUUCCAAGGCACAAUGCAGAACGAUGCACCUCAGGCAUGGCCCUGGUGGCAUUCAGAAAGUACGGCGAACCGUCCGGUUGGUCAAGGGUACAAGUUCAAGGCAAAGAUGUAA